AUGCCUCCUCGUCGCCGUGCCGCUGGCGCUGGCGCACAGUCGACUCUCUCGUUCGGCAACCAGUCCCGAGUGACCAAGCCCUCGACCACUCCCGCAACUCUCCACAAGACCAAGAACCUCGAUUCUCCGCUACCCACCGACAAGUCUGCAUCGGGCACUCCGGAGCCCCAGCAGGUACUUGCCUCCGAGCCGACAAAACCGCAUGUCGCCGAGCUGGUAGUGCAGCAGCAGGCCGCCAAGGAACUCGAAGAACCACGAUCGGCGGAAGAUAAGCGGGCCCUGAAAGUCAGCAGGCAGGAUCUACAGAAAUACUGGAACAAGGAGGAGCGAAGUCGCAAGGCGCCUCGAGUCCACCAGACGGACCUUUCCUUGGAAGAAAAGAUCCUGCGUCACUUUGAUCUUUCCAGCCAAUAUGGGCCGUGUAUCGGCAUCGCCCGACUCAAGCGCUGGCGCCGUGCCAACAUGCUGAAGCUCAAUCCACCCAUCGAGGUUCUCGCCGUUCUCCUCAAAGAGCAGAAUGUGAAUGAGCGGGCCCGUAUGGAUGAAUUGCUCUCGUAA